CCCUCGGGAGCCCUAGGGCCGACACUCCCCGGGCCUGCUCAGGGCCCGACGCUGCCCGCCCCUCGCCCGGUAGGCGGGCGCCGUAAGUUCGCGGAGCUGGGACAUGCAGCCUGACUGCCUGUCCGCGGAGGGCGAGCGGCGCUGCAGGCAGCUGCUGGCGAGGACCACUGCUCGGUUCCGCGCGCGGCCCGCGGCGGCCGCGGUGCUCGUCCCGCUGUGCCUUGUGCGCGGGGUCCCGUCGCUGCUCUACACGCUGCGCUCCAGUCGCCUGACAGGCCGGCACCAGGGGGACGUCAGUUUCCCAGGCGGCAAGUGUGACCCUGCUGACCAGGAUGUGGUGCACACAGCCUUGCGGGAAACCCAGGAGGAACUGGGCCUGGCUGUGUCGGAGGAGCAAGUGUGGGGCAUCCUACAGCCUGUGCACGACACGAGAAAGGCCACAGUGGUGCCGGUGCUUGCCAGUGUGGGCCCACUGGACCUGCAGAGCCUCAAGCCCAACCCUGAGGAGGUAGAUGAGGUGUUUGUGCUGCCCCUGGCACACCUGCUGCAGACACAGAAUCAGGGCUAUACCCACUUCUGCCAGGAUGGCCACUUCCGUUACACACUGCCCGUCUUCCUCCACGGACCACACCGAAUCUGGGGGCUUACAGCUGUUGUCACCGAUUUCACCCUGCAGCUGCUGGCCCCUGGCGCCUACCAGCCCCGCCUGAUCAGCCCGGAGCUGCACCGCGGCUGAAGGCCUGGCGCUCAGUCACUCCCGCCUUCCUGCGAGGCCCUCUAGGACUGAAUAAAGGGUCUUUGACAGCUCU